AUGGAAGAUCCGAGAGUCUCUUUUCCUUCCUCGUGCACGAGCGGGCAAGCCUUUUCGCAUCGAAUAACCUACGGGGAUGUGCGGGAGCUAGGCAGAGGCGGAAGCGCGCAAGUACCUGGCGGGAACGGAGGCGGGGAAGUGUCUGCAUGCAGCCCUGCUCAGUCGUAUGCAGUUGCCGCCCGUGUUGUCGCGUCCUGCGCCGUAGACUUGCAAGCUUUUCCUCUUGCAUCUCGGACCUCUUUCGCCAUUCCACGCACAUCUUCAAGCAUCCCUGCGGAGGUCUCUUUCUUCAGACGUCUCCCCCUUAUCGGCCGGUUGCUUGGUCCGGCACGGGGAAGGGUCAGCAGCCCAGAAGUAGCAGCGGGUCCCGGCUCUGCUGCGUCUCUUCCUGCGUCCCCCCUUUGUUGUCCUGAACUGUCGUCGCUGCUACCAAACUCACAUGUGUGCCGGUGGCGAAACCAGGUGUGUGUGACAGCGUGGCGCGACUCCACGGUGUACUGCUACGUCCUUCCUGUACCCUCAUCGUGCUUCCUAGAAGAAGGGGGGAAGACCCGACAGCCUCGACGGGCGUCUGCGAGCUUCUAUUACGUCCACGAGCAGCCAGUGGGCCUUGCCAGACUUCUGCCGGAACAUGGGCUUCUCCUUGUUGCGGGAAAUCUUGAUGAAUGCUCCCUAAAUUCAGCCUCGGGUGAUGUUUUCCUCCUGCAGUACGACACUGCGUAUCUGCACAGCUCGUCGGAACCGUCGUCCGUACACAGAUCCAAGGACAACGCCCUUUCUUCGUCUCGUCCCUCAAUUGCUUCUCCUUUCCAAGCUUUCAAAGUGUGUCCUCUUCGCCCCUUGUCAGAGGUCGACUCUGCAUCAACUGCGGAGCAGGUUCCGCUGCGUAUCAAGCGCCGGUUUCGAAUCGCUGCACCCAUUCACGGUCUCUCACUCGCGGUGAGUUCUCACGCCGGCCUUCUUUUGUUUUCUGCGAGUGUCCGGAAGAAGAAGGCGUCCCUCCUUUUCCUGUCUGGUGAAGCUAUCGAGGAUUUGAAGGCCGCCUGCGACGAGGCGGAGGCGUCUAAAGAGAGCGUGACUCGAGACGCUGCAGCGGCAUCGGAGGCAGAAGCCCCAGCUGUGUGUCCAGAAAGCGAAGACAGAAAGGAGACAGGGGGAGCCGCUGCCGUGGAAGCGGCGCCUGGUUGGUCCUUUCCAACAGAAAACGUGCCUUUUUCGUUUUGCACCAGCGAGCACCUGCCGACUCUGCCGUCGGCCCCCACAGCCUACGCCUUGGACCGACGCGCGCAGCGUUUCUUUGUGGGGGGGUUCGACGCUGAGGAGGGACGGGUCUGGGUCGCCGUCACGAAUUUCUGUCGCCUGCGCCCCGAAUUAGAUGAAGAAGAUUAUAACGACCCGCAGAAACUGCGCCUGCAGCGCGCAUUCCUCGAAGAGCAGCCGCAAAGCGUGGCCGAGGACGAGGAACUGGAGCCAAACACCGAGUUAGAUCGCCCGUUCGUUCUCCUGCUCCCUCUCCUGUCCUGCCUCCGAUACGCCGCGAAAGUUGCGGCCAGUCUCAAGCGGAAAUCCUUGCAGAGCGACGCCGAGAAGCUCGCUGAGGCUUCCCUGCGAGAGCAGAAGCCGGAAGCAAGUUUCGGGCUGCGCCAUGCCCACGAGUCACCUCCCGAGCCGGCCGAGGGAGAGACCACAGUACUCUCCUUCCUCGACGAGCCAUGGGGCGCGCAGUUCUACCGUCCUGUCGCCAUUGCCGAACUCCGUUCCCUCCUCACUCUGGACGUUGAAGAAACAUUCUCAAGUCGACAAGAGGCGGCUUCGGCUGAACGCCUUCCGGACGAAGAAGUUGAGACAUUUCUCCUUUCUCACGACCCAGCUUCUGCGCGCGGCUACUCCUGCUCGCAACCGUUGUCUUCAUUCCCCAAAGCUGACAGCGAUUCCCGCACGCUUCCGCGCCGCUCCGCAAAGGGUCGGCUCAGGCCGAGUCCGAAACUCGAACAAGACGAAGCUGUGGACGUCGUCCACAUUGCUGUGAGCCGCAGCGGGCGCCGUCUCGCGGUGACUCUGUCGACGUGCGAGGUUCUGAUUCUUGUGAGAAACGAGGGCAAGUCGCCUGUUGGAUCCGCGCAUGUGGGCGACGCAACCGCUGGCCGAACUGAGAAACCGGCCGAGCUGCCUCGACAGACCCCCCCGCAAAACUCGCAAAGGCCCGCGCCGUUGGGUAACCCAGAAGACAAGGCGACCGCCGCGCCUCCUCGUCCGUCCGCGACGUCGGAGGAAACGUAUUCGGCGUCGACUGUGCAGCCUGACCACGCUUCAGACCCUGCCACUGCUCCUUACCUCCCGUGGCUUUACCUUCCUGCGCCCCUCGUAGCCUCCUUGAGGGUUUCCAUGAGCCUCGGGCGUCGAGAGGUUCGGAAUGGGUCUGAGCCACUCGCGAAGCCCACAGUGUUGCAGGCUGUCUCCUCGCCCUCAGAAACAUGUGUGAAAGAUCGGUUUUCUCUCGUCUCUUCGCUGCAGCGCUACCCCGAGUACGAGGGCCUCAGCGGUCUUCUCGGCUGUGCCUUCUCGUCCGCUGCUGCUCCUGGGAGAAGCGAGGAAGAUGCGGAGGAUGUCCUCCUUCUCGUGUUAGGCGUGAGAGCCUCCCGCGAGCGUCUCCAAGGCCUUGCUGGCUUCGCGCAGAAGGCCGGCGCCUCUGCCGCGCCGUCGGGCAAUGCAGAGACAGUCCUCACAACCUCCCAGGCCAAAACGACGAGUGUCCUCAAUGUCGAUCAGUACAGAGGUGGCGGAAAGGGAGGUCUGUCUCCUGCCUCGGGCGGCGAUAAGGCGGGUCCCGCUGUCAACUUGAGCGGCGCUGCUCAGUCGGAAGAGCCUGCGAGUGGAGACGGAGGCGUAGGCCUUCUCUGCGACGAACUGCGACCGACUCCGAGCAUGGCUGUGGAUGUGUGUGCGCUAAGUUUGAAAGGCGUGCACGCUUUUCUCGAGCGAGAAGGCGGCGCAGUCCCCUGGGAGAAACCCGUCCUGACCGUUCUGCCGAACGCCGCGCCCCAGGUCACUGGAAAUGUCCAGAGGUGGCUGUGCCCCUGCAGCGCAGCCUCGGAGGCCCUCGGUGUGGGCCUGCUGCCUCCCAGCUGGGGAGAAGAAGGCGACGAACACGAGCUGGGGGCGGGGAAGCAGACAUGCACAGAAGGGAUGGCAAAAGAUGACGAGGUGGCGCCGAACACUCUGACGCUGGUUGUGACUCUCGAAAAUCAAGGGGAUGAAGAGAAGGAGCGGGGGAGUUUGGAAGCCGGCGACUGGUGUCCUCGACGAGGAAGGAGCACGCUUCGUAUUUGGGCCGUAGAGGCCCAGAGCGUGGAGCGUCUCGCUAUGGAGUUAAGACGACGUUCCCGCUUUGCGGAGGCCGAGCGAGUCUGCAUCAAUGCUCUGGAGAACCUGGCUCGCGAACCAUGUGUCUUCUCUGCACCUGAGGAAGGCAAAACAGAGUCUGCAAGCAAGGAGCGCGAGCGAGAGAGAGCGACCAGCUUCCAAUGGUACCGAAACCUCUUGGAAGACAUUCGAGAAGAGCGGUGGACGGAACGCGGAAGACAUCCCGAUGCGGCGGAAGAAGACUUCAAGCCCUGGGACCUGGCUUUUUUUCCGCCGCUCGCGCUCUCGAGCGUCGCCGCCCCCUCCAUGCCGCGGGUCUCCUCCGCUCCAGAGGGCAGCGCGUCCUCGUUUCUCCUCGUCGAGUCUGACCCGCGGCGCUUCCUUUCCUGGGCACUUCGGCGUCUGUUUGUCGUCUUGAAGAGAACGGAGCUGAUUCGAACGGUCGCCCUCCCGCUCCUCCACGCAGUGCUCUCUCUCGCCGUCAAGCAGCGUCUUCCCCAGAGUCUCAAGAAAGCGAACCGCCGGAGUCGAAAGCAAGCCUUAGAACGCGCAGCAGCGUCGAUGAGGGCGCUGGCUCUCUCGGAAGCCCGGUGGCCCGAAGGGCAGGAAGAGGUAGGACGAUGCACACAACAAAAGAGGACGCCUGUGACCCCGACUGCCGAGACGCUGGGCGCGAAGCCAGAUGUCAAAAAGCAAGAAAACGCGGACAGCGAAGAGAAUGAAAAAACACUUGAAGACGCACGAGCCUCCGCGCUGGCCGCCGCGGUCCUUGCGGUCGGCGCCUCCUCGAAAGACACGUCCCCGUUGACCUCCGAGGCGCCUUCUUGGAGCCGCUCGCAGCCGCCAAGGGCGACGAACCGCGAGCCUGUCUCUCCGCGUCAGGGAUCUGCAGAACCAUCACAGGCGCGUGCAGGCGCCGCGGUGGGGGACGCGCCCGAAGAAGAUUCGACCUCUCAGAACCAUGCAGAUGGAGACAAAGACCUUCCCGGCCCUAGGCGUAGCAGAGCCUCCACGUCACUCUCCGAGUCGCUCGGCAGCGAACCCAAGGCGAAGGAAGGCGAAAAGGAAAUGAACAAGGUCUCGCCGUACUCGGUCUUGGGCUCCCGACCCGACGGCUUCGCUUCCUCGCAAACGCUCAAGUCCCCCGGUCCGCCAUCGCCGCUGCUGCUCUCCGUCGCUGGCGACCAGCUCCGGGCUUUGUACGCGCUGCAUGUAGCGUUGACGCAGUUUCUGUUCUACGAGGAAGAAGUACAGAGACGCAGGAGCGCGCAAACCACGGCGAGAAUGCAGAGGGGAGACGACGGCGACAUGAGCGACCUGUGGGAGGCCCCGCCACACCAGAUGGCGGCAUCAGAGUUGUUUUAUCUGAAAAGGAACUGGGAAGAACGGACACACGGGGUUGUCGCGCCCCCAGCGACAACUCUCCUUCCUCGAGAGAAGCAAAACAUCGACUUUUUCACUUUCAUUCAGCUGCCCCUUCAAACUCGCCUGGCCCUCCUGACGGGCGUCACUCAGUGGCGAAGAGACAGCGCGAGCGGGGAUGGAGAGGUCGAAGGAGGCGCCAGCCGUGAGCCAGAGGGGCGCCUGGAAGACCGCGAAAGAGCAGAGGCCGUGCGUGUUGUUGAAAAAUUGCGGCGAAGAGUCGUCCAGCCCCAGCUGAUGUUUGACGACAUCUUUUUUGGGAUGAAUGCGCGAGAAUGGAAGACGGGGGAAGGAAAAGCAGCACGUGACGCGGUCUCUCCGGCGUUCGGCUUUCAGCUUCACCUGACUUGCGCCUUUGGCGGAGGCCGAGGGCGAAACGUUCAGCGCCCGGAACUCGCGGGGCCUCUCCCUCGGAUUGCCUCGGCUUCUCCGUUCUCUCGCUCGACUCUCUCUUCUCCCGCCGACUUCUGUGCGUGCCUCAACGCCUUCUGCGCGUCGCCGGUGCCCCAGCAAAUUGCCGACUUCUGCCUCGAAGUUCUCCCUUGGUCCUCUGCUUCCCUCACUCGGUCCGCGCCCGAUAACUCUUCGGCAGCUAGCUCUUUGGGCGAUCGUUCCUUGGCAACUAGAUCUUUGCGUCUUUCUGGGGACAGAGGCGUGGACGCCUCGCGUUUAGGGUGCCUGAGUUUGGCGGUGGUGGCGGAGGUUGUGCGUGCGAGUUCUCCUCUGGUGUCUCCGUCUGUGCGUCUCCUGCGUCGUCGUUCAGACGUAGGUGAAAUCGCUCUCUGUGCAGUGUAUCAUCGAUCCAGUCUGUUGCCAGCCUCUUCGCUUCUCCCCCUCGUCGACCGCCUGUACAACGCGCUUCCCCAGAGCUUUGAAGAAGAGGACGCCGUCGAACCGGUGUUCCCGGCUGGGAAGGAAGAACGCGGUGAGAAAACGCACGGCGGAGACACAGGCUGCACGGAGAGGUCGAGGGGACAGUUGGAGAGAGCAGAGAGAGCCUGGGUACUGGAGAGGAGAAAGCGCCUGCGCGUUCUGGCGGGAGGAGCCGACAUGCUGGAGCAACACCUCGACGCUAUCGAAUUCCUGAACCGUCACCUUUCUCCCUCGCCUCCCAGUGUCACGUUUCAGCAGCUGAAAGCGGCGUGCCUGUCUCCAUCUUCGGCCCGCCUCAUGUGCGCCUCUCUCUUGAGGGCGCUGUGUCGCACCCCGAGAGCAACGAGCGCCGGAACAACUCCAGAAACAGAAAGCUACGUCUAUUCUUCAUGUGAGGGAGUCGCGAUCUGCUCGCAGCCUAUCACGUGCAACGAACUUCUGGACCGCGCGGUGUACUUACAUCAGCGGGCGUGCGCGGCCCUCCCCCCCGAGGAGCUGUACGAGAUCCUCUUGACGACAUGCGCGACAGAAGUCUCUUUUGUCUCGUCGGCCCCGUCGUCGCCGUCGGCUGGUGGCUUCGCGUCGGUUCUCCAGCACCUGCGGCCGCUGGCCCGCGCCUCGGGCUCAAGCCUCGCCCGCGCGCCUCGCGUGGCUUCGACCUUCUCGGCGAAGCGACUUCUGGUCGAGGCGCUUCUGGAGAGGUGGCGGGACGUUGCCCUGCUCGCCGGAGACGCGCGGCUCGAAGCCUUCUUUCCUCGCGCUGCAGCUUGCCUCCUGGCCUGCGCCCGCGACCUUGUCAAUGCAGCCCCGAGCCUCACUGACCCUUCGCUGGCCGCAGCUCGCGAGCUCCUCCGCAUCUGCCUGGGCCUCGACAGAGAACGCCGGCGCGUGCAAUCACAGCGCAGAGCGGAGCGGAAUCCAUGCAGAGGGGAGGCGGCGGGCCCUGGACUCCAGAGCGAGGAAGUCGAGGCGUUCAGUCAAGACACGCAACUGCAGAGAGGAACAAAGACGCCUCUCGCGACCUACGCAGGUCGUCCUUUGUUGUCUCCGGAACACAAGGAAGACGUGACGUGCCUAGCUGUGGACAGACAAGGCCAGGUUCUGGCGCGGCAGAUUCGCUCGGAGCUGCGCUUCCUUGCUUUCGUUAAAACGCUCAGCGCCCUCCUCGCCUCGAAACGUGUCUCCGGAGAUGCCGCCCCUGGCGACGGGCUUCGCCGCGCCCUUGCCUCGACUGUCUCCGCUGAGGGGACGAAGGUCUUAGGCGUCGAGUUCGUAGCUCUCGCGUCGGUCGCAGGUUCCUCUGCAAAGGCCGCCAAGGCGGCGAUGGUCGGCGCUGCCCGCGGCGGCGGCGCCCUCGCGCGGGGCGCUCUCGAGGCCUCCGGCUCGGCCGCGUCCUCGACGAUGCGUCUUCUUCGCUCCUACGGGUCUUUAAGCGCCGAAAAUCGGCUUAUAGACGGGGAGGUGACGCAACUUGGAGCCGCUGAGGCCGAAAGCAGCCGCCGUCUCGACUCUACAGCCAGCUGUUCGGCGCGAUCAAGCGAUGCACUCGGGAAACAGCUCUCGCCCCAGGAAACAGAGCCGAUAAGUCACUCUUGGGGACCUCUCUCGUCUUCUGCCUCUGCGUCUGUCUCAGUUACGUCCCCGGCCUCCGGCCUCGCUUCUCUCUCUGGCUGGCUAUCCACGCCGCUGCAGGUGAGGCUGGCGGCUGCAGAGCCCGGCGGUUUGGCGCGCGUCGUGCAGGCGAUUCUCCGCGCAUGUCCUGAGGCAGCUGACGAGACCCAGCUUCUGGAGAAGCUCGCCACCUUGUUGGAGAGAGAAGGAGAAGAAGGAAACUGGAGAGGCAGGUGGAGACUUUACGAGGCUCGCGCCUGGGCCUACUGGGUCCGAGGGCGGGCGGGAGAGGCCCUCAGUGUCCUCGCGACGCUACUCGUCCUGCAACAGAGAUCCCCGGAAGGCGAGACAGAGACGAGGCGCAGAGCGGCCGAAAGAAGAUCGAACGACAAACAGAGGAACGCCGUCGAAGGCGAACACGGACCAGACUCUGGACACUCGAACGAGGUGCGCGUGAGGCCACUGACAGAGGGCGAGGAAAGGGAAAGGGUCAUCGCGGUUGACUCUGUAGAGAGCGGAACUGAGCUGUGUACCUCGCAGAAGACGCUUCAGCGGACGACCAGAAGAAGCGAGGGGCGCAAGCGUCCAUCGAGAUGUCUCCUCUACCUGAUUGCUGAGAACGAUCCGUCUCUCUCUAUCCUCACUCUGCAGUUUGCCCAAAAGCGCUCGCUGCCGUUUGUAUUUGAAACUGGCGAAGGACCGUCGUCUUUCUCCUCUUCCUUCUCUUCCUCUGUCGACGCAAAAAAGGCGCCGUUGCAAGCGGAUUGCUUGUCUCCCAAUGUCCGAGGAGCCCUUCUCGCUUUGGCCGUUCGGAGGUGCGACGCGCUUCACCUGCCGUUGCUUCUCGGGGCAUUCGCGGCUGUCCAGCACGAGCACUGCAUGCUGCAGGCGGCGGCGUUGCUUCCCCGGAAGGCCUGUGAGGGGGUGAGCCGAGGAAAGGGCAAUUCGUUCGACGAAGGAGACACCGAGGGCGGAGCGGCGGAUGCCCAGAGCUUUCUCGGCGACCCGAGAUACGGAGAGGCGUUCCCGACCUACCCAGUACAGCCUGAGGGGGAGGGGGGGCUCCAGAAAAGGCCCACCGGGACGUCUUUGCCUGAGUCGCCUUUUCUGGAAAGAGAGAGCGGCUCCAGUUCCGGUUGGAUCCCCGCUACGAGUGCGGACUGGUUUUCAAGCGGCGCGUCCGCCUUGCCCUCCUGCUCUCCUUGGCCAUUUUCAAGUCUGAAGGAGGGCAAAGCUGGAGGAAACAGAGAAGAGGAGAGUGUGAGCAAGCUGCUGGCUCUUCCAGGCGGAGCGUCCACCUUCUGGACGCGUGGAGGGGCCGGCCGCUUGGAGCAAGUGAGAGAUCGUGAAGCAGAGAAGUCGCCCUGUCGGUCCACAGGCGGGAAAGCAGGAGCUGGAACCUCGGACGUUCUCGUUCGAGAGGAUAUGACCGCCCCUUCCGUCUUCCCAAAGAUCUUAACUACUUCGCUCUUUCUGCGGGCGCGACAAGCCCUCGGUCUGUCAGCUUCGAGCCGCGACGCUCCACCAGCCGACAGCACAUCUGCCAGUGAAGGCUCAGCGGACGCUUCGUCCUCCUCGUCACUUUCCUCUCCUCCAUCUUCUGUUUUUUCAUCUUCUCUCCGCACGAUAAGGCCCCCGCCGGUCGCUCCGGCGGCCUUGGUUUUUUCUGCGAUUGGUGUGGCUGAGGGCAUGGUGAACUUUGCAGCAUUGCGAGCGCGGCAGGAGUACGACAAGCGCUUGGGUUCGCUAUCAGGGUCUUCCUCCUUUCUCGGGGACGGCAGGGAAGGACGAGCCGCGGAGCCAGAAGCCACCGGCGGGGCCGAGGAUACAGCAGGGUCGGAAGUUUCGCCGUUCUCGUCUCGCGCCUCCACAGGAGACAUAGGGAGAAUGAGAGACGCCUCCGACCCGCGCACGACCCCUGAAAGGCCAAGCCUACCUCGGGGAGAUUUGGCAGGGCCGCUCGCGGACGCCCUUCAUGCUGUGAGGCCACGGUGCUCCUCUUCGAUUGGAGAGAAGGAAAGGAGGCAACACGGAGAGGGGACCUCUGCAGGAGAGGCGCCUCCCGCAGACGCAAACGUCGCUGGGACUUUGCCGGCUGGGGGGCAGGUGCAGAGGCAUGAAGGGCCGAUAGCAAGAGCAGAGAAGAACGCGCCUUUCCGUGAGGCAGAACAUGAGGGAGAAAGUGGAAGGAAGGAGGAGCAGGAGAGGACGUCUUCUCGCCUGGGUUUCAGCCGCUUCUUACCAUACGGGGCGAAGGAGGGUGACGACAAGAAGGCGGAAACGGUCGCGAGGCGAAUAGAGGGACACGGAGAUUCAGAGGUGUCUCCAGAAGCGAUUCUCAUUGCGGAGGCGCACGUCCUUGAGUCAGUGGCCGAGUUGAGUGCCGUGGGGCCGUCGAUCCUUCCCUCUCUCCGCUUUUGGCCCCAAGCAGUCGCUGUGCGGCCUCCGCUCUCGAUGCCUUUUGCUUCCAACCAGCAACCGCCUGCCAGCGGCCUCGAGAGGCAGUCUCUUCUCUCUUUUUCGCCCGCAUCGGGAUGGGAUCUCCCUCUGCUUCUUUUCGGCUUUUUUCUGCUCCAGACAGACACAGACAGUGGGGAAGAGCGCGAGACGACAGAGCGCUUCAAGGGGAAGCAGCCGAGCAGGCGCGUGGGCGGGGAACUGGAGCCGUACGUCAUAAAGGGCGAAAGGCGUUUUCGCCUCUCUCUCGCCGAAAGGCAUGUCGCAGGCGUCCAACCUUUCCUGCAUGCACUGCUGCAGACCGACGUCGAAGCUGCCUUCCUCGUCGCAGCGCUUCUCUCUCUGAACUCUCCAGCUUCGUGCUCUCCGAGUCCUUGUUCUGCGUCUGGAGGCGCAGCCGUGUUUUCGAGUUCCAGGUCCCUCGGGCCGUGGAAGAAGGUCGGAGCCACGAGAAGCUCUCUACAGGGAGCCGCGACUUUCGGUCCCUUUGCUUUGCCACAGUGCGCGUUUGCGCUGCUGCGCAGUUAUCUCUCUGCCUCUGGCGACGCUGUCGAGAGAAGCGGAGAGAGAAAUAGUGUCUCCUCUGAGCUCUCUCCCGUGUCACCUUCGGUCUCUGCGUUGAAUGCUGCGUUCUGUCCGCCGGCGCGAGCGUGGAACGGUGCCGCAUGCGCGGCCCGAGCCGAUGUCUCCACGGAGGUGCUUCUGCAGCUUCUUCUUCGGUGGGUGUUGCUUUUCUUCGCUUCCCAUUCGUCAGGAGACUGUCUUGCCUCUGUGGCUUCGCUCUCGAGGAUCAGCCACCCCGUAAGAGAGCAGGGGCGAGGCGAGACAGCGCAUGCUGUCUUUGUCUCCGCCGCUGCGCUUGUCCACUCACUCUUCCUCGUCCGGGAUUUCUUCCAUGUUUCUGACGCCGUGCUGCUUCUUCUCGGUCUCCUGCCGAAGAAGAAAGAAGAGACAGACGGCGACAUAGGGCAGCGACGAGCCCGGGCUGUCGCGUUCGGCGGAGAUGUGCUCAGAGAAGCGAGCACUCUGAAUACGGCAGACGCUCCGUUGCUCCCCUUGCUUGCUCGCGACGCCGCUUUCAGGCGUCAGCUGCUGCUGCAAGUUACUCAGGCGUUUCCAGAGAAACUCGACUUUGCAACGGCGCUUCUUCCCGUCGCCAGUGCUCUUCAGUGGCCUCUGAACGGCUUGGAGUCCCGCCCCUUGGAGGGGCGUGGCGUCGCCUUCUCCCUCCUGUCUCUCUCUGGCGACCGCGUAAGAGAGACAGAGUCGCAGAAACACGGGAGAGUGCAGGAGGUGCCCGCUGAGGCGCGGCGUAGGGAAGCGCGAACGCAGGAGACAGGGGUGAUCGGGGCUGAGGCCAAGAGAGAGCACAGGAACCAAACAAGAGAGCGGAGAGCCGGUGGAGAGUUCGACGAGCGAGGGGUGGGUUUUGAGACCUUGCAAACGAGUAAGAAAGAUGCAAGAAGGUGUGAAGAGCUUCUGACCUCGUCCAGUGAGUCGGGACCAUUUUCAGCGUCUCAUCCGCAAUCUUCUUCAUCCCUCGAGCCUUCGCCGAACCCGUGUGAGUCUUUUUCGGAAAUAGUGCUGCAAGCUGCUUCGUCUGAGCCUGAUUCCACGACCCCACCUACGGCACUGUCUGCUCCAAGGCUCGCCUGCCGCGAGGUUGUAGAAACAGAGGCACAGGGGGCCUGCAUGCAGUUGUCUCCUUUGGAGUCCAGGGAACAGUCGUGGGGUCACGAGCAAGAAGGCCUCGACGCCUUUCGCAUGCGUCUUGAAACAUUUGAUGGUCUCUUCCUCUCACCCCUCCAGCCUCUAUCCUCCUUUGUUGUGAAGCUGCUCGAGCAGCUACCUCUUCUCUUCUUCGUGCCGUCUGAGAAUCGCGGGCGAGGACGCGGAGGAGGGCCCCCCAGGCCAGAGGAGGAAGGAGGAGGGGGAGCGGAGGAGAGAGAAGACGAAAGAGGAGAGCAAGGAGGUGUGUGGGAGACAGGCAGAUGGAUUCUGCGGCUUUUGAGGAUCUAUACAAAGGCUCUGGCCUUUUGCCGCUUCUACGAGAAGAGCACAGACGGCCUCGUUGUUGGAAAGGCGGUGAAGACGCUGCUGGACGUAGGAGGAGACGAGGCGCGAGGAGAAGUUGAAUCGGGAGACAAGAGUCGAGGCGCCGAGAACAGGGACGAAGAGCGACGCGCACUCCACCUUGGAGCCCAACUGCAGGCUGCAGGCGUCUUUGUCACAGAGAAAGAGCGUCCAGUUUCUUCAGUAUCAGGUACCUCUUCUCCCUGUGGCGCCUUGCAAGGGAUUCUUGAAAAGACUGUCUUCCUUCGAAGGCUCUUCUCGCGCGCCGCUUGUGCGGCAGGUUGCUCCUCGCGUGCGUUCUUGGCAGAGGUGCUCUGCAAUGACAGGCAGCCACCGAGAAGGUGCAGAGACAUAAAUGGCAAAGAGGAGGGGACAAAGCAGCUGGGAAACGGAGAAGGAGAGAGGGAAGGCGGAAGCGAAACAUGGCCGUUGCAGGAGAGAGUAAGGAAUUCGAGGGAAACUGCACAAAGGGAGAAUGUGGCGAGGAUCAUACGCGACACAGGCUUGGGAUGCACCCAGGUCGACGACGCAAUGUCUGCUCUCCUUUCUCUUCUUCCUCUCGUGGACAUCACCUCCAUUUUCCUUCCUCGCUCCUUGGCAGCGCAGAAAGAAGGAUGUGAAACAGAACGAGCAGGAGAGGAAGAAGAGGAGAGAGAGGCGGGAAGAGGAAAGGAAGCACCUGCAAAGAGCGAAGAAGAGAGUGGACAAGAUCCGUUUUUGCAUGCUGUGUUAGAGGCGCUUGGCGGGUCGAAUUCAUGGAAGAAGUCCCAGUCAUUGCCUGGAGAAGGAGAGAGCAUUGCUCUGCUGGCCUUCUUCCAGAAGGGUCCGUCGGUUCUCUCUCGGCGAUCUCCUUCCUCCUUCGUGGCAGAGGCGCUGCUUCUUCGUGACCUAGAAAGGCGACUAGAAGAAUGCAGUUCGAUGUCUCUUGUCUCCUUGUCUUCUGUUGGACCUGGGAGCCAGGAAGACGACGGCGCCAACGAAGGGGGUGAAGCCGGCAACUAUCUAGAGGAAGGAAACAAGGCAAGGAAAGCAGUGCAGUCUGUGCCUGCAAACGACGUCGACGCGGAGGAUUUCGUAUCUCUUCUUCUUCCUUUCAUUCCGCUUUCUCGCUGGGAAGCCACUGUAGCGAAUCUUUCCGUGCGCGUCGGGUUACAUUGGGGUGAAACGCAGAAGAGUCGUGAAGCUGGGUGCCCGUUUGUGCGGCAGGCUGUACUUCUUUACCUCAUUCAGCGCAUGCGUCGAGCCCUGGAGAAGCGGAUGCAGGCGGGAGAAGUACUUAAAGGAGAACAUAGAGGAGUCGCGGAAGACGAGGAAGUUGAAGGAGGUGAGGGUAAGGCGAGCCGGCUGAUGUCUCGGAACGUCGAUCCUGUCCAUCUCCUCCAAAAGCUUCGCUUUCAAGAGGCGUGGCUUCUACUUUCGACUGCUUGGGAUCAUGCUCUUGCUCGAUCUCCUUCCUUCUCUGUCUCUUGUUUCCCUCCUCGCAUGUCUCCUCAAGGGUCGCCUUCCUUUGAUCCCCACACUCAAAAACCACCCAGCCCUCCCUCUCCUUCUUCCUCUCCUUCUUCCUCUCCUUCUUCCUCUCCUUCUUCCUCUCCUUUCUCUCCGUGCUCUCCUUUGGUUUCCUCACCACCAGGAGAGCUUCGGCAACAGCAGGAGUCUUUAGCGUCUGCAUGCGUCAACGUUUUGUUGUACUGCGAGGAAUCAAAGUUUCCGGCUUUCGCGUCUUCUUUUUGGUUUGCCCUGUGCUCGUGUCCGGCAUCUCUCUUUCCUGAGUGGAAGUCUUGGCUCGAAGUCGCGGACCAGGCGGGGGAACGGAUACAGGAGCCCAAGGCGAGAAGCGCGUUUGUGGCUGCAGGCCUUCGGUCGCUGCGAACACGGGCCGCCAACCUUCUCUCUGGUCUCUCUGUCUCCGAGGGAGACGUCGACGAAACAUGCGAGAACAUGGUUGAGUCUGAGCGCGGCAGAAAGGUCCUGUCUUUCGUCGCUGAUGCGGAGGCGGGAAGCGCCGUGGGAGCCUUCGUCGCAGCAGGGUUGCUGCCUUGGCUGCAAAACUUGCAUGCGCGGCUGUGUGGGGAGUCGAGCGGAAGAGAGGCGCGUCGCAGGGAAACUGCCUCUCAAAGCUGCAGUGUCUCAGAUGCCGCAACCGUCUUGUUCGCUCACACAGGCCAUCACUUCCAGCUGCUUCUGCGGCGCCUCGCCGGCGUCCCGGGCAGCGAUGCCUUGAGGAAGUCUCUUUUCACUGCACUAGCGAAGGCAGUCUGUUCGUGGAUCAUGGCCCUGUAUGCAGAGUGUGGCGCGGAGGACCCCGCCAUCUCCUCUUUCUCUUCGACUCUGCGCACGCCGAGGAGAGAAAACGACGCGCAGACGCUCCUGUUCUCUCUCGUUCUCUCCGAUUCUCUCCUGCAGCACUGCGACGCGUCCUCUCGCGGGACAUGGGCCGCGCCUCGCGCUUCGGCUGACGCCGUCGACCCUUCUCCCUUCUUGCAUCUGAAGGCGAUUCUUCUGUGGCUGACGGCGCAAUGCAUGCGAGUUCUGACCCCUCUUGGUCCGCAGGUGGAAGAGACACUCGGAGACUCUUCACGCGGAGAGAGAGAGAGCACUUGGCUGUUGGCUCUCGCGCCUUCCUCGCCGUUGUCUCUCUCCGCUCUCUCCUCCCUUUUCGCGAAGCACACGCGGCAGAGCCAAAGGCUGCGAGGAGAGUCUGGAGGAGAGGCAGGAGAAGAAACGGAGAAGAGCGAAGAAGAACAGUUGGGCGUGACGGAGCGAAGCGUGGGCUUCGAGUUUUGUCGAGCGUUCAUCGAGGCGCGAUCGUCUUUUUCGCAGUCGCGGCUUCGGAGAAGCGACUCAGACCGGGAGAAUGUGUGCGGCGAAAAUCCUGUCUCCUCCGCCACCAGGGCCGCAACGGACGACCCCCUCGGGAAGCCUUUGCUUUUGUGCGAGAGGCGUUCGAAGCAGCAGAGACUGAGGGACAGGCUCUGUGGCGUCGUUCUCCUCCGUGCAGUGGAGGACGAAGAGAACCGACAUGUUCAGCGAGGAGGCGCAACCGACCAAGAACCAAGCGUGGUGUGUUUGUCGGCGACAGCAAACCGGUUGUGGGUCCCGCCCGCUGCGUUCGCGCCAGACGAAGACGCAGAAACAGCGAAGGAUCAGAUACGAGGAAGGAGAGAGAAGAGAGACGGAGAAGAUGAGAAAAAGCGAACGCCACAGCCGCAGCCUGCCUCACCCAGGUCCUCCGUCUCUCUGUGGCGCUCGCUGUUGGCCGGCGCAGAGUCCGAGGAAGAGGCGCUUCUCAUCGCGCUUAUGGCCCCGCCAAACUGGAGUCUGAUGGUACGAGAAGGCUGUGUCGAACAUCCUGUGCAGAAGAAAGGAAGGAAACAUGCGAGGGAGAAGGAAGCAAACACAAAGGGGAGAGAGAAAGACAGACGAGAGGAAACAGGACGGGGGGAGAGAAGGACGCACGAAACGGAGAAGGAAGGAAGCACGAGAGGAACGAGGUGUGUUUUACAAGAGGACAAGAUUUGCGGGAAAUGUGAGUUCGCCUCCGACUUCGAUUUGCUUCCACGUUCCUUCUUCUUGCAGGACGCAGGCGACGGACAAGAGCGCGAAUUUCCUUCUGUUUCGUGGUUUUCUUCUUCUCCGGCUCUAAACCUUCUGACCGUCUCUACCGAGGGGAAAACUGCCUUUUCCCUGGCCUCGAUGGCUUCGGGGUCGGAAAGGCCCCAAGAGGCUGUGCGGCGGGCUCUGGCGUGGCUGCAAGGCUGGGAAGCGGCGCCAUUGUUUCAGGGACCCCAACUGACGAGGCUGACUUCACGCCUUGAAAAAGGACAUGCCCUUCUGCUGGUGGCUCUCACUGCUCUCUCCGGCGCUUCUUUCGGCUCUGCGUCUCUGGACUAUGCGGUCGUCGCCACGCUUGCGAACGGAGACUGGCUGGAGCCUUUUGAGACAGACGCGCGGGAGGCGGACGCGAGGAGAGAGAGUCUGCAGAGUGCGCUGCCGGGUCUUGUCAUUUUCGGAGACAGCAAAACGGGCGAAGCAACUGACAGCCAAACACUCCGUGCCGGCAAGUCUAGGCCAUCAGAGGACUCCUGGCAGCUGCAAGAUCCCUCGGAAGAUGCAGCUACUCGCCAUGUUUCUUUCCGGUCUUCUCGGCCGCUUCCUGCCUUUGCUGUUUCUUCAGAAAGCUUCAAGAGCUGGCCUGCUGUACGUGCACAAGUCGCUGUGGCUGUGUGCGCGUGGUAUCGCCAACUGGCGCGUGAAAAUGGACAGGAAGGAGACGGGGAAGAAGAAUGUCGAGACGAACGAGAGGAGUGCCUUCUCGCCGUCCUCGCUCACGUCCUGCAGUGGCUGGUUCUCCUACGCCCUCAUCUGCUCAGCCGCCAUCUCCGGGAGGCCCGUGUAGAUCGGAGAGAGACAGCCAGGGUUUUGCAUGCUCGGGAGGCGGAGAGAAAUGGAGAAGGACAAGAGACAGGCGAGGCGUGCCAAGAAGACAGAGCUCGCUGGCGCCUGGCAGCGCUUCAAAACGCAGUCGAUCAGUAUCGUCUCUCGCUCGCCGCCGCUCCUUCUCCGCGCUCCCGCGCCGGCGUGCUGGUCCGGCGGCCUUGGAGUCGUCCCGUUCCAGAAGGAAGCGAAGAAGGCGAAGCGCAUUUCUCUGUUUUCUGGGAUGUUGAGAGAGACGACAUUGAGGCCGGGUGCCAUCUGGGCGAGGGGCAGCUAGCCUGUCCUGCGCGCCCAGGCUGGCGGUGUCGGUUUCCAGCGACGGCGUGGCUUCUGUAUCGCGCGGCUCUGGAAGCUCAUGAGGAAGAAGAGGGAAAAGGAAGAGAAAGAGAGAGGCAGCGCAUCCGAGAGAAUGCAGAAGCGAUAACUCUGACGGAAGGCCUGGGGACGCGAGUCCCUUCUGUCUCAUCUUCUCUGGCUGCGCUUCCUCGACUUCCUUUCGCGUCCACAUGCGAGGCCGGGGCGCUGUGUGGGAGUUUCUUGCUCUUUGCGACCGGCGCUUGCCCUGCAUUUCUCGCAGGAGUCGCGCGCCAGAGAGAAGAAGUGGACGGCAUGGCGCGCGCUAGUUAUCUGGAGAGAAGCCGAGAGAUGAGACGCGCCAGCGCGCUCCGAGAAAGCGGAGACAGCCUGUGGCGGCACGUGACGGGGCGGCUCGGCGAGGCUGUUCAAAAAGUGUCUUGGCUUCUGUGAAGGACGUCGUCUCUCGUGUGCGUCAAACCAAGGACAUCGCUCUCAGAAUGAGUCUUUGAAGCGAGGGACGAAAGUCUCUUGAAUUAGGAGAAUUUUACGACUGUGGCGGGGCUAUGGGACCCAAAUUGGAGAAGCAACGGUCAGCUUCAUGCAGCGAAGAAAAAUGCUUUCUCUAGAGGUGUUGCCUGGCAAUAGGCAGUGGACUCUUCCCGUCCUACGCUCUGUUCUUUUCAUAGGUGCAAGGGAUUUUUUCAAGUCCUGCAGUCUCGCCUUCCUUUUGUGAGCUGGACAGACAUCCGCCAUGUGCGAACUAAAGUGGUCGAAACCCUCCUA